AUGCUCUGCAGUGUUUCUAACUACCGCUUCUUCAAGCUCACAGUCGUUACAAAGGCUGGCGAGAAGGUCCCAAUCAACUUCAACGAUGGACAGACACUCUUUGAUGCCGUUUCUGGCACAAAGGCUGAAGGCCUUCAGGGCAAGUGCGGAGGCAGCCAAGUUUGCGGCGAAUGCCACUGCAAGAUCCCACAGAACCUCUACGUUGUUCCAGAUGAUGACGAGAAGGAACUCCUCGCCAGCGGACAGGACGUUACACCAACAUCUCGCCUUGCUUGCAACCUUGCCCUCAACUCCAAGUUCGAUGGUGCUACAAUCGAAAUGACACACUAA